AUGUGGCUUGCUGUGUUUUACAUAUGUGGAAGUCUGUUAGCAUUUUCUGUGUCUCACAUCUGCCCAGAGACCUCAGAGGAUGUUGCUUCAUGGGUAACGCUGAAGCCCCUGGGGCACUGCGGGGACGAGGAGAACUUGUGCCCUUAUCAACUCACCCUCCCUCCUCUCUCCAUACAGCUUCCCAGGCCUUUUAGGGAGCUGGAGAAAAUGGCCAAAGAGCUGCAGGACCUAAAGGAAGUUGUUAACCAGCUAAGGAGGGACUGCCACGAAUGUAAGGACAGACAUAGUAUCCAGAGAAAUGGACAGAAAGAAUACGGCGAGGAAAAGAAAAUGAGACCUCAAAUUCCAAGGCAUAACAUCACCAUUAAGGAAACACAAAGCCAUAGUGGAGAACACGUUGUCCGGAUCUUAACUUCAACCUUACUGCAAGGAGACACUUCAGAAAGUGAGGGAACCAUCAAGGAUGGUGUAAAGAGGCUUGAUCAUUCCAUUUUGAAAAGUCAGGAAUGGAACAUUGCCCCAAGGAUUUUUCCAAACCAAGGCACCACAGAUCAGAGGUCUGAGGUGAGCAGAGAAGUAAAAAUAUUUAACCCCUCACUUGACGAGACACCUGAGGACAUAUCCAAGGUCAAACAGGUGCUCUCGCCUACACCUGAGGAGUCAGAGAGGGAACUGAAGUCUAAGCAAAGUGAAUUAAUAGAACAGUCCCUUCCUAGAAAAAAGGAAGCCACACAAUCCUCAACCCAUGGGAAACAGCAGCCAAACAGUCUCAGAGAUGGACUUGUAAAGAACAUCAGUGGCAUCCUGACGGCGAGAAUAAGAGUGCAGGAUGGGCCUAAUUCGAAUGGAUUAAGCAGCAUUUCAAGGGAUGCAAACACUAAGAUAAUGGAUUUAAGCACAUCAGCUGGGAACAGAAGGGUUGUUAAGUUUCCUGGAGUAGGUGGAUCACCGAGGCCAAAGGGAUCCUACAUAAACAGUAGAGUUAUUAAGGUUACCAAUGAAGACAGACUGAAGAAACCUGCUUUGGUGAGGAUCCACAAUCUACAGUCUGGAGACAUGAUGGUCAAGCCUGAGCAAGAAGAGGCUGGAUUUUCCCCAGUGAGAAGUGGGGUUAUGAGGGUCAAGGAAACAAGUCCUCGUACAGCAAACACAAAACCUGGUGCAUUUAGUGGGCCAACCGUAUCAACAGAUGACCAAAACAAUCAAGACAUCAGUAGGGUUUCUGGUCCCAGAACAGAUGAUGGACAUGUCCUGAACGUUGCAAGCCAAGUAGCUAAAAUUAUGGAGGACAAUUCAAGAAUAGUCAACAAGACUGCGAUUACAAGACUCCCAACAAAUCGGAGGAAGGAAAACCAGGGUGAUGUGAUUCACACAGCAACAAAUAAGCCAUUCUCUAGUGUUAUGAACCAAGCUGAACAGCCAAACACAAUUAAAGAGGAAAAAAAGCACAUGGGACUGAGUGAAAGUCUGGCAGCUAUUAGUAAUGAGGAAGAGACUAGCUCUAAUUUGAAUAGAGAAGACUUGACUUUCUCAGGAAUACAGGUGGAAAAUGUUAAAUAUCUAAAUCCAAUUACAGAAACAAAUAGCAGACAACUUAAUUCCACAAUUUUGAACAAGGCUCACAGCACUUUUAAUGAAAGGACAGUUAAUCCACUGUCUCCAGAUCUUAAAGAUCAGAUGCAGCCAGGCACGUUCAUUGAAGGGGCAAAUGAGCAUAUUGGGGUCAACCCGCUGAGUGCAGGUACUAUAAAGAAGGACCUACCAAGCCACAGUAAAGCCACCCUCCCGGAAAAAGAUCUGGUGAAGCACACCCUUGUCCCAACUGUAAAGAGUAAAUUGACUAAUAGUACAGGGAGUAUGACCAGAAGGGUUCAAUCACAAGUAGUAGGCCAUGGGACAAGGAUAAUUUCAGUAACUCCGCUCAAAGCUCCAGCUGGAGAGGGACCAUUUCAGAACAGCAGGAAAAACAUCAGCAAGAUCCGUGGAGUAAGUCAAGACAACAAAAGGUAUGUGAUGCCAAAACCAUUAAGACACCCUGAUAGACAUCUAACAACUGUGAUUUCACAGAGAGUCAACAAACUAAGACAACCUAAUGUGAUGAACAACAUGUCAGCAAACAAAAGUGUUGGGGUACAUUCAAAGCUGUCAAUCCCAGUCAGAAAUACCACUAUUUCCUGGAGAAAUGGCUCUGGAAUUAUAAGACCAAGCUAUAUAAGGAGGUCAAACCUUCAAACUGUGCCAAACACAACCAGAGGCUUCAAGACAAAAGUAAGCACAGUGACUCAAUUCUCUAGUCCCACUGGUGCAAGUCAACAAGAACAAACAGAAGAAAUCAAACCCAUUCCGCUGGCAAUGAGGUCAAAUGUAUUGGAUAAUAAAUGGUUAAAAAACAACAGUAAAGAGUCACAAUCACAACCAGAGUCUCAAAAUUCAAGGAACGUACUAGAUUUGGAUAUGGUCCAACAAAGGAAGAACCAACUUAGAGACAACAGUGAGACCGGGAGUACCGAGGAUCAUAACAAUCUGCAAAGUGGAGCCUUGAAUUCACCUACUGGUGGGAAAGAAAGCAAGAUUUUUAAUUUGGGAUCUGAUGAUACCAGCAAUCAACCAUUUGAGGUGGACAAGAUUAGCAGUGGAAAGAAAGGACCAACUGCACCAACCUUAAAGAAAGAGUCAUCGAAGGAACCAGGAACAAAUCUAUUUACUACUUCAACAGUAUCAUUUAUGGACACAAACCAUAAAGACAGCCCAAAAAAUAUUCAUAAAGUGACAAAUACACAUGUUGAAAUGACUAAAAACGAUAGUUGGGAAACACCUAUAAGCUUUGAAAGAAUUGGAGCAACACGAGAACUGGAACUAAUUCAAUUUAAUAAAGACAGAGUGCUAGAAAACUCUGGGGAGAUAUUACCUAACCCAAACAGCGAGGACACUGCCCAAGGGUACAGUGGAGAGAGGUACACAGAUCCAGUUGUUUUGGAAACGCUUACAAAUGUUGAAGAAAUUCAAGGCUCAAAGCUUUUCACACUCAGCCCUGAGAACACUGCCGAGGAAUUUAAAUUACAUGCAGUCAGUGAUGAGGUAACAGGGAGUGAGCAAGUGGAGAACAAGAUCCACAGCACCUGUGACAGUGAUUGUAACACUAUGUCAAACCAACAGUCUACAGCCCAGACCAGGCCCCCAGUAGACUCUAGAAGAGAAAAUGUACCUGCACAAGACUGCGCUGAUUACAUUAUGAAGUCCCGAAGGAAUGGUGUUUAUAGUGUAAUGCCGCAACCAAAGAGCAGCAUGUUUCCUGUUUUCUGUGACAUGGAGUCUACUGGCGGCGGCUGGACUUUGAUACAGCAUCGCUUUGAUGGCAGCACAAGUUUCAAUCAAACAUGGGACGAGUACAAAAAUGGAUUUGGUAAACUAAUAGGUGAGUUUUGGCUUGGCAAUGACAAGAUUCACUUGUUGACAAAGGCGAAGAACAUGUCAUUGAGAAUAGAAAUCGAAGACUUUGAGGGUAUCAAAGAAUACGCCCAUUAUGACCACUUCUAUGUGGCCAAUGAAAGCCAACAAUACCGCCUGUCCAUUGGGGGUUACUCUGGUACAGCUGGUAAUGCAAUGCAGUUUAGUAAGAAGUACAAUCACGACCAGAAACUCUUUACGACUCCGGACAGAGACAAUGACCAUUAUCCCUCUGGAAACUGCGGGGCCUAUUACAGCUCAGGCUGGUGGUUCGAUGCAUGCAUGUCUGCAAACUUAAAUGGGAGAUAUUAUCAAUCAAAAUACAAAGGGCUACGUAAUGGGAUAUUUUGGGGUACAUGGCACAACAUUACAAUGGAAUAUUAUCCAACCAAUGAUAGACAAUCAUUUAAGACUGUUAAAAUGAUGAUUAGACCUAAAAACUAUGCCAAGUAAUAUUAUACCCACCAA